AUGGCAUCAAUGGGAUCUCUUGGGGGUGCGGCCUAUCAGAUCUUGCUUCAGUCCAAGCUGAUCAUCACUGCGCUCAUGAUGUGGGGCAUCAAGGGUACCAAGCAGACAGCCUUGCAGUGGAACAUUUUGGUCUUGGUAAUGUUCUCCAUGUGCGUCUACAUGCUGGGAGGCAAAAGUGAUAGUGGAAGUGGUGGCAUCCCAAUCGCUGGGGUGCUGAACGUGCUCCUGAAGGUGACAGUGAGCUGUCUCUGCGCGGUGCUGUCCGAUGCCUACAUGAAAGAGUUCAAGGACUCCCCAAUCUACAUGCAGCUGGUUCAGUUCAAAUGCGCUUGGUGUGCAACUAUUCUCAUGAUCUCCUCCGCAGAUGGCCAGACCUGGCAGAACGGCUUCUUCAGCGGCUGGGACGCCACCACCAUGGGCGUCCUGACCUCCUUCACCGUGAAGGCGCCCGAGGAUCUGGAAGAAGAGGAUGGAUGGAGUACCAUGUACCUCUUGGCGAUUCUGGACUCCGUCCUGAAGAACAUCGGUGAGGCGUGCGCAGUGCUGGUGAUCUAUGCAGCACAGGUGGCUCUGCCGGCUUUUGACGACAAGUUUGAGGUGCCCACCUUCCUCUCAGUUAUGGUGGUAAUUUUGAGCGUCACGGCAUACGUGGGCGCAAAACCUGUGGUGGAAAAGGCCACGAAGUAUGAUGCCCUUCCCGCCUCAGUGAAGAAAUGUGUGCACCCUGCUGCGGGUGAUCCAAUGCUCCCCAACGAGGAGCCGGAAGCCAAAUGCCCAGUGACUGGCUCGGUGGAAAUCGCCGAGCUCAUGCAUCUCUUGCAUUCUCUUGCUGCCCAGUCGCCACCGGUGGCGAUGGGACUGAGCCACAGGUGUGCAUAUGACCGACAACUUGCGGAUGUGAGUUGUGAGCAAACGAUGUGUGCUAUGGACUCCAUGUUGCUGGACAAGGGCAUGGACAAGGGCAUGGACAAGGUCCUCGAUGCCAUGUGGUCACCAUGUCUGUCCCGUGCAUGGUUCAUGUGCGCCUUCCUUGGCGCCCUUGGAGAACUGGGCAAUGGUGGCUGCGGGGUGGUGGUGCCUGAUGCCUUCAGCUGCCGAAGCAUGCCGGAGUGGGCCGCAUUUCUGGAGGCGGUGACCCAAAACCGAAACCAGAACUUCCAGGAAGAUCCACUGCUGGCGCUGCAUGCGCAGGAGAUUCUGUUGAAGUGGCAGGACAAACCCUACCCGCCACAGGACUUCUACAAGUACCUUUGCAGUGGCCCUGACGCCCCGUGGCCCCUGGUGGACCGCUUCUGUCUCUGGGGCUUCGUGGCUGCGUUGAUCAUCCGCGCGCGGCACCUGAUGGGCUCCUCGGACCUCGAGGAUCGGCGCUCCGCGGAGAUCGACUUCGGCUACGCCACGACGGUCCUGGGAAAGGAAGGCUCGGUGGAUUUUUUGGACUCCUCGCCAUGGCCCUUCUCCAUCAUCGAUGCCUUCAUCAAUAUCAAUGAGACAGAAUUCAUAAGCUACGAGGCUUAUGCUCGACAACAACCAGUGACUCAACCUCGGGUUGCAUUGGGGUCCUUGUACUGGCAACCACCUGUGCCUCUGGACAAAACUAGCAUUCCCAGCCGGAUUCGCGUGGCCGUCGUUGGCUCUCAUGCAACAUUGUCUUUGGAACCUGUGGAGAUGUUGCGAAGAUUUCUCACCGGUGUGCAGAUUGCUCCAGUGUUCUAUGGCCUUGAAACGCGUUGGUGCCAGAUCUUGGGCAUGUGCGACCAGGGUACAGCCGCCUUGGGGAAGCUCUUCAAGGACGCAGAGAAGGAUCCCUACUCGUAUCCAUGGCACGUCAUGCAGACCCAGAUUGAUCAAAUCUAUGAGGCGGACAGAGGCUUGCAAGAGGCUGAGCUGAUCGUUUGUACUGAGCCUAUGGCUGGAUGUUUGAUGAUGCUUCAGUCUGCCAGGGCACGCGGCAAGACGCUGCCUCUGCUGGGUUAUUUGGGUGUGGCGCUGCUAAACAACUGCCCUCCUGACGAUUUGGAUACCUUUUGGCAGAGUUUGGUGGACCUACUGGAAUCCCAAGAUGGCCAACAGGCUCAGAUGGCAGUGAACAAUUUGAUUCUGUCAGAACAAAUCUACUACCAGAGCGGCUAUCGUAUGCCCUACGUUCGUGCCCAUGGCUUGUACACCAACAUGGCCUACGCCCCAUUGCGCCAGGAGCUGUUGGUUUGGCGGGCGCCGUUAUUCAGCUAUGUGGCUACCAGAUGUGCCAUGGCGCACUUCACCGCAGCCAACCCACAAUUGGAAACCGCCUUCCGCUUCAUGGACGAAGGUGAAAGCUUGUCCUAUGCGGAAAUUGGAGCAUUCAAAGCAGUAGCCUUGAUUCCUUGGGAUCAUGCUUUGAUGACGUUCUACGAGUUGUACAGCGCCGGCAUUCCCCUGCUGAUGCCGGGCGCUGAAUGGAUGUACCGUCUCCUCUACCAACGGGGCCAGCUCUCGGUCGGGGAGCGGAUGUACCAGGCGUCCAUGCCGGGCUAUGAGGGACCAAAGGCCGACUUUGCCCAUUUGGACCGCCCUGGUUCUGCACCCCUGGACGAGUCGCCUGGCUUCCCCUCGCCUGCGGUGGGGCUCAGCUCAGCCAAAGCGGCACGGGGGGUGGCAGAGGAUGUGUUGACACGGGGAGUGGAGGCGGAAGAUUUGGACACCGCCAAGCAGUACCUGAAGGCAGCCCUUGAGCUGAUGCAAGACAUGAAGUACUUCCUGGCAGUGGCAGAGAACAAGACGGAUGAGGACUCCUACACCUCCAUGGGUGUGAUUCGCAGGUCGUCCAAGAAGUCACCGCAAAAAGUGCCAGUGCUGCGAAGAAACAGCAGCCGUGGUCCUUCUGCCGAGCCCUGGCAUCCCUACACGCCGUUUCAGAUGUCUCCCCCAGACUCCAAUGAUUGGACCCGCAUGCGCAAGGGCACCUGGUGGUUGAGACGUGGCUUGCGCUUCGAUGCUAUGAGAUAUUGGUAUCAGUACUCGGACUUCGGGCGCUUCCCUGGCAUUCUCUACUUCUCGAACCUGCCGGAACUCAUGUGCAUGUCAGCAUCAUUGGAUGUGCAGUCCUCUUCGGUCCAAAUGAAAAAGCACAAUGAAGAGAGCCUGGUGCAUUCGGUGACCUUCUGGACAUAUUCAGUCGCGACUUUGUUGCGUUGAAAAG